CUUGUGGGCUUUCCGUAGUUGUGUCCUUGAAGUCGCAGAAUCAGCAUGGCGAACGUGAGCGGAGCGGCCAUGGAGGGCGAAGUGAUGCGUUAUGCUGAGUACACAUCCAAAUCAAACGUACGAAGUGAAGCAGAAAUCGACAAACGAUUUGGUGGAACUCUGAUUGCUGUUGGUCUUGGUGUGGCGGCUGCAGGCUUUGCAGGUCGCUAUGCAUUCCAGCUGUGGAAGCCGCUGGGACAAGUCUUCUCCGAGACCGUGAAGAAGAUGCCCACGUCGGCUUUCUCUUCCCAUUAUUACAAAGGAGGGUUUGAGCAGAAGAUGACCAAACGGGAGGCCAGCCUCAUCCUAGGAAUCAGUCCUACCAGCACUAAGGUGAAGACGCGGGAUGCCCAUCGUAGGAUAAUGGUUCUUAAUCACCCAGACAAAGGUGGAUCUCCUUAUCUGGCUGCCAAGAUCAACGAAGCAAAAGAUCUGCUGGACAAAGAGUCUCGUCGCUGAUCGGACCACUUGACCUUCAGAACCUGACAUUCUGACCUGGACCAUCUAACCUUCAGAACCUGAUAUUCUGAUCCGGACCAUCUAACCUUCAGAACCUGUCCUCCAUCCAACCUUCUGGGUGCCCUCAGAAAGCAGGAUCUGCACAAUUAGACAUUUUAUUAGUCUAGUGUAAAUUAUUAGUGUGGUUUGUAAAUGGACUAGUUUUGUUUUCAUAAGGAGUAUCAGUUAAAUAACAUUGAUAUGGCCUGUAUAGCAAGUGUACAGCCCCAUAUUCUGUAAAUAGUUCUAGAAUAACAAAUUCAGAUUUCACAGUAACCUAAUCCUUCCACCAUGACAUUGCAGAAUAUGGCCAUGCAAAUGAAAUGAACUAAAUGUGAAAUGUGGAGCUUUGAGAGAUAGGCGUGUGUGUGAGAAAGUGUGCAUGUUUUUGAAGAAGCUCAUUAGUAAUUUAUCGGAGAUUGCUGAAUAAAGCAUUUUAUGUACCGGCA